CCUUGUCUCCCUGUCUGAUCAGUGAUUGGCUGCCCGGAUCUUCUCUAACAGGCCACUGGCCGAGACAGGUGUCCAUCAUAGUGGUUUUGCCUCGGGACAGAAAACCACUCUUGCUGCUGUCAGCAGUGUUGCAGUAUUGUAAAAUUGUACUACAUAGUUACAGUGCAACCACAGGAUUUGUUUGCACUUUGGCUGCAAUGAAACAUUAUUGCAGGUGAAGUGAGGAUCGAGUCAGUGUGUGACAUCUCAGCAGAGCCUGUGAUGGAGACAAACAGCCAGAGCACCAUCGUCAUGGAACCUGAAGAUGACGUCCCAGCUCCUGCUCAGUUUAGCGACGACACUGCAGUGUGCAUUGUUUCUGUGAAAGGCUUAAAGGAGAACUGGCAGAAGUGGUCUGAUGAGCACCAGGAGUACCAGAAGCAGAACCCCUUCAGUCACGACACCAGGCCCAGUGUGAUGGUCCCUCAGAAGGGGCAGGACGACUACGGGAGGCCCCUGCAGGGCUCCAUGACGGAGCAGCGGGGCAAGGAUGCUCACACACACAUCAGCAGAGAGGUUCAGGAGCUGUGUGAGGUGAUAAGGAACAUUGGAGAACCUAAAAACAAAGAUGGGGAUGGAAGCGGCAGCGAUGGGAAAGUGAUCACUGUAGAAUUUAGGAAACUGUUUGAGCAUUAUGUGACUAUCUCUAAUAAACUGGUGGGGAUUCUUCUGCGAGCGAGGAAGCAGAAGCUGGUUGACUUUGAGGGGGAGAUGCUGUGGCAGGGGCAGGAUGACCAUGUAGUUAUCACUCUAUUGCAGUGACCAGAAACUUGGACUAGUGUUUAUGCCUUGAUUCAUGUUACAUGCAGUGGCAAGUAUAGAGCUACUUCAUGGCAGCACUCACUGUAGUAUUCAGAUAGCAGGGGGAUUGCACUAAUUGUACUUUAGUCACAUGAUGGCAAUUUUAUUUAGAAAACAAAAUGCUUUUUUUCUUGCUUACACAAGCAACCUCAGUGGCUAAUAAUUUACACCAUCUCCCUGAGUAAUGUACAUUAGGCGUACUAAUGCAUUUUCUCCUCAUGCUAAAAACACAAGAUCUACUAAAUCUACUGUCCGAAGUGCAGAUACAUGCAGAAGGUAGAAAAAGUCAUGUAAAAACCAGAAAGAAAUGGACUGACAUGAGUUCAUCACAAUUACAAACACUGUUACGGUUUUGGGUCAUACCAGGUGAAAUGCCAAUUAGCAGCAUUUGUCAACAAAAAAGAAGUCAUCAGCAUGUUGAUAUGUGAGUUUUCAAAGCAAUUAACUAAAACUUAAACGUAAAUAAAGAGAAAUAUUGGUCAUACGUUGAAACUUAACAGAGAUAUGACACAUAUACUGUAUAUAUGCCUAAUAUUGGCCACCUUUGUAGUAGUGUUUGCUAGGUUACAUUUUCAUAAAUUUACAUUAUUUCAUAUGCUAGAUUUCACUCAGUGUUGCUAUACCACCCCUGGUCUAAAUAACAGUGGGGAAAGUUGCUGAACAAAUCCCUUUUGCUAUAUUUCCUUCACAAGCUUCUCAAUGUGGGGAAAGUGGAGAAGUGAGCUGCUGAAAUGAAGUCAGAGUGGUUAAUGAGACUGAACCAAAGCCAAAGAGAACAUGAGGCUGCCUGUGACAGACAAUAUGGUGCUAUAGGAUGAACUUGAUCCGACUUGCUUCAGAGCAUGUAUUUAUUUAAGUGUGCUUUGUAUUUUAGGCAACCACAUUACAGUUUGUAUACCUGCACCACAAUAAUUAUAAAAAAAAACUAGUGAGAACUACAUGGCAAACUAUGCACUGACUGAUACAUGCCAUAAUAUCUGCUAUUAAAAGUAAUGGCCAUGCAAACUAAUGAACGUUUUUUUAGCAUAAGUCAGUAGUACAUUGAUCAAUUUGCAAGUAUUGCUUACAGUAUUAUAAUAAAGAAAUAAACAGCG